CAACUUUGCUCUGUUGUUCAUCGUGUCUGCUUCAGUAAAACUAAUAGUCAGGUUAAAACCAUUCAACUUAGAGAGAUAUGGCGUUUCUUAAGAGUGUCGCAUACCUCGUGGUACUGUCCCUCUUUCUCCAGGUUACAUGUGCACGAUUAUAUCCCGAAGAAGCACUAACCAAUAGUGUAGUCGUCCAAAAAGUACCAGGAGUACCAGUUACUAACAAUGACGUGGUCGUCAAGAAAGUACCAGUUGUACCACUUACUAGUGAAGUGGUCGUGAAAAAAGUACCGGUAGUACCAGUUACUAAUAGCGCACUGGUCGUCAAGAAAGUGCCGGUAGUACCGGUCACCGACAACGCAGUGGUUGUUAAGAAAGUGCCGGUGGUACCAGUCACCGAUAGCUUAGUAGUCGUCAAGAAAGUGCCCGUGGUGCCAGUCACUGACAGCGCCGUGGUCGUCAAGAAAGUCCCGGUCGUUCCAGUCACCGACAACGCAGUGGUCGUCAAGAAAGUCCCAGUCGUUCCCGUCACCGACAACGCAGUGGUCGUCAAGAAAGUCCCAGUUGUACCCGUCACCGACAGCGCAGUGGUCGUCAAGAAAGUCCCAGUUGUACCCGUCACCGACAGCGCAGUGGUCGUCAAAAAAGUACCAGUUGUACCAGUCACCGAUAGCGAAGUGGUUGUCAAUAAAGUACCGGUUGUACCCGUCACUAACAACGAAGUGGUCGUCAAAAAGGUCCUGGUCGUUCCCGACACCAACAACGCAUUGGUCGUCAAGAAAGUCCCGGCCGAUCCAGUCACUGACAACGCAGUGGUCGUCAAGAAAGUCCCAGCCGUUCCCGUCACCGACAGCCUAUUGGUCGUCAAAAAGGUCCCGGUCGUUUCAGUCACUGACAACGCAGUGGUCGUCAAGAAAGUCCCAGUCGUUCCCGUCACUGACAGUGUAGUGGUCGUCAAAAAAGUCCCGGUUGUACCCGUCACCGACAGUGCAGUGGUCGUCAAAAAAGUACCGGUUGUACCAGUCCCCGAUAGCGAAGUGGUCGUCAAGAAAGUACCUGUUGUACCUGUCACCGAUAACGCAGUGGUAGUCAAGAAAGUCUCGGUUGUACCCGUCACUGAUAGCGAAGUGGUCGUCAAAAAGGUCCCGGUCGUUCCCGUCAGCGACAGCGCAGUGGUCGUCAAGAAAGUCCUAGUCGUUCCAGAAACCGACAACGCGGUGGUCUUCAAGAAAGUACCGGUCGUUCCAGUCACCGACAACGCAGUGGUCGUCAAAAAAGUCCCAGUCGUACCUGUCACGGACAACGCAUUAGUCGUCGAAAAGUUACCGGUUGUACCAGUCACCAAUAGCAAAGUGGUCGUCAAGAAAGUACCGGUUGUGCCCGUCACCGAUAACAAAGUGGUCGUCAAAAAAGUCCCGGUCGUUCCCGUCACCUACAGCGCACUGGUCGUCAAGAGAGUCCCGGUCGCUCCAGUCACUGACAACGCAGUUGUCGUCAAGAAAGUCCCGGCUGUACCCGUCACGGAUAGUGCAGUGGUCGUCAAAAAAGUACCGGUUGUACUAGUCACUGGCAGUGAAGUGGUAGACGAGAAAGGACCAGCUCCUCAAGGGAUGUCGAAACAUUGAUAGGAGACUGGCCCUUAACCCACCAGCUCGUUAGGCAUGCUUCUUCCGACGAGGGUGAUGGUAAUGGCUGGUGAAGGUAGUGGUCGGAGAGCCGUACAUGGUCCUUGGUGGUUGAUAACUGCAGCUAAAGCUAGCAUGGACUUGGUACUGUAGUAGGCUUAUAACAUCAGUAGAUGUUGUUUUUUAUUUGUGUAUGCAUUUAUUUUCCUAGGCAUGUUCUUGUUAUGGAGUUGUGCUGUUUUAUUUCCUAGGUUUUCGUAAGAGUGGAAUUUGUUUCUUGUCACGCUAUUGCCAGAUGAGUUUGUACUUUGUACUAAUUCAGUUGUUAAUCAAUGAAGCAGAUACUACUUGCACGCA